AUGGAGCUGGUGCAGUGGAGCGUGAAACCAGUGAGUUUGUGCUGGGCUGCCUCGUCUCCCACGGAGCAGCCAGUGUCCAAGGUCAAAGGUCACGACAGCUGCACAGACCCCACUCCACAGAUACUCACCUGUUUCACGAUGGUGGAAUACUCGCUGGAUUUACAAAACGUCAACUUCACCGCCAUCAGGACGGUGCGGGUACUGCGGCCGCUCAAAGCCAUCAACAGAGUCCCAAGCAUGCGUAUCCUGGUGAACCUGCUGCUGGACACUCUCCCCAUGUUGGGAAACGUGCUCCUCCUCUGCUUCUUCGUCUUCUUCAUCUUCGGCAUCAUCGGCGUGCAGCUGUGGGCGGGGCUUCUGAGGAACAGGUGCUACCCCGAGCACAACUUCACGCUGUAA